AUGUCGGAAGUCAAGAUGCUGCGCAUUCAAACCGACAGGUUCGGUUUGGGAAGCAUAGCUAGAAGUUUAAACAGAGAAGACGCAGAAAAGAGACGCAGGAAAUUAUCUAUUUCAGGACCCAAGGUGAGCGGCGCCACGUCAAAUCAUCUGAAAUCCACAUUUCGGUAUCCCGAUUUGUUUCUGGAUGUGUUAUACGAUUUUGAACGGAGUCUUAUGACGUCGAGCUCUAAAGAUGCUUCGGCAUAUUUGAACGUAUACCAAGGCGAAACGGUGCAAUUGGUAAAAGCGAUGGACAACAAUCUCAUCGAAGUGAAGCUACUCAGUCGAGUAGGACAGGGUCUCAUUCCUUUGCGAUGCGUCUCUGUCAACACCGCGCUUUCCAAUCCACGUUUGGCGGCUCAUUUCCUCCACGGCACCAAGUGGUCACAUCCCUCUGGCUUCGAGAACCCUUCCGAGAAAGCUGUCGCUCCAAAAUUUGACCCCAAGAAUCUUAAAGCAAGCAGUGUUGUUGAUAUCAAAGUCUCCCAUAACAGGGUCUGGUACCGGGUAGAUUGCGAGAUGCACUCUGGGGAUCGUUUCAUAUUGUGCCGCUUUUUUCAGGAUUUUUACGCUUUGCAACUGCUUCUAGUAAGAAUGCAACGCCAGAUCAAUAGUACUCUGAACCUGCCAGCCUUGCCCGAUCCAACGCGCUCACUGGCAAACGAAAACAUUAAGCUUCGUUGCAAGGAGUUUAGUGAAUACAUCCGAGUUUUGAUGGCUUUGCCAUUCUCUUCUACAAUUUUACGAGAUGGAGAGCCUCUGGGCGGUUUUCUGGCACCAAGAUCUGGAGAUCUACGACUCACGUCUAUCGGAGCGCUUUUCACGCUUUCCAAAAUGACAAGUUCGUCUUACAUCACCAUAGCUACUCUGCCGCCCAGCAAAAUUGAGCUAGCAGUCUUUCAAAACCUAACAUCUAAGUUCGCAGUCUCAAUGCCUCGAGCUAUAGGAGCCCACAAAUCACAACAACGAUCUCAGGCGCGCUCAAUGAUGGUAUCUUCAUCUCAAGACGUAAAAAUCAACAAGAUCCCCAGUGUCAGCUCAGCGCCCAGCACUCCUGUAAUGCGAAACCCCCCAAUUUUCUCAUCGCAUACCGAAACAUCCGACUUGGCGAUUAACCACAAGGAAUUGGUUAAAGUCAAGAUCUUAUAUCAUGAUGAUUGCUAUGCAAUUAAAUGUCAAGUCUCAGAAAUAGAUAAUUUGGAAAAGUUACGGGCAUUAAUUUCGGCAAAGCUCUUCAGUGACUUUUCCAUACGGACGACGACUUUCACAAUUUCUCACAUCAGUGAUCAUGGGAAAAUCGCUUUGGUGACCGAUAAUUCAGUUUACCAGAGAGUCGCUAUGUCAGUCCGGCCGUCGCUAUUCGUCGCUUUCAAUACCACACCGGACCUUGGUGGUAAGAAUCGUCGCCUAAUAUUUCGAGUUCACUCAUAG